AAAAAAAAAAGAACCCUAACUAAAGAGCGCGUUUGGAUCUGGUUUUAUGAAACCACGAGAGAUUUCGUGUUGAGAUGAAUUUUUCUAUGUAUUGAAGAUUUUUGAUCAAAAGAAACCUCGCAACAACAUCAAAGGAGAGAAGAUCGAGCUAGAAAUUGACAACGUCUUCCAAUCCCGAACGCUUCAAGACGAUGAUUUUGGGAUAAUUUGUAGAAAAAAAGGAUUGAACUUGUUGUAUCUAUCCCCAAGUUAUGUGGACUAAUGUUUUCAGAAUUGGUGGUCUACAUAAUGUUUCUUGGUUUCAGUUACUUCCGAGUGAAACUGAGCUGAAUCCUGGUUCUGAUAGAAGUUCAAGAGCUGAGCAGAAUGAUGUUGCAACAUAUCUUGUGCUUUCCUCUCAUCUACGGUUGCAGAAGGAAGGGUUUCUUACCACUUGGACCAAUUCUUUUGUUGGACCUUGGGAUCCAUCUCAAGGUUUAUAUAACCCUGAUGAAAAGAUUAAGCUUUGGCUUUUUCUACCUGGGCGUCAUUCAUCAAUCACUGAUAAAGCUCAGGCUGCUGUGUCAAAGCUUAGAGUUGUUGCGUCAGGAAUUUGGGUAGCACCUGGGGACUCUGAAGAGAUAUCAGUUGCCUUUUCACAGUCUUUACGUAAUUGCAUUGAAAGAGCAUUAUCUGGACUUUCCUACAUGAGAUUUGGAGAUGUGUUUUCAAAAUUCAGCCCUCAAAGCGAAGAAUAUUUGAGGAGGGGACAGCCUACUGUUGAAUUCAUCUUUGCUGCUACCGAAGAGGCAGUUUUUGUCCAUGUCAUUAUAUCUGCCAAGAAUGUCCGCACACUUUCAAGUGGCGAUGCUGAAAGAAUGUUAAGGAGUUCUUUGAAAAACUCCAGUUAUAGGCUUCCAGUGAUUGUUUCUCCUCAUGGAAUGCGGGGCAGCCUCACUGGAUUCUGUCCCAAUGACUUUGUCAAGCAAGUCUACUUCAGUUCUGGAAACUUAAGGACUUCGAGUGGAUAUGUUGGUCGUGGGUCCCGUCUGAUAAACGGCAAUCAUUGCUACGUGGAAGUUACACUUGGUUGCUGCCAAAAUAAAAAUGACAAUAAAAAUGACAACACAAGUCAAGCUAAUUCGAACUUUGCAGUUAACUUGCCCCAUAAUCAGUGUCCUGAACCUUCAGUUGGGAGUAAAGAUCACCGUAAAGGACAACCAGAUCUUUUAUCAGUUUGUGAAAAAAAGUUCAUUUAUCCAGCUGAGGCAGUGCUUGUGCCAAUCUUACAGUCGGCAUUUGCUAAAUUUUCUUUGAAAAGAUUUUGGCUUCAAAACUGGAUAGGCCCGUCACUAGCAGGCUCAUCGUUAUUUAUGCACUGGGCUGGUGAUUUUGACUUCCUUGGAGCGUCUGAAAAUAAGAGUGAUGGGUUUUAUGAAAAGAAUGAUUACAAUAGCAGUGGUAGUAGCCGUAAUAGCAGCAUUAGUUCAACAAGUAGCGCUUCCAGCGGGAGUGGCUGGAGGAUGACGUCAAGAACUGGUGACCUUGACGCUGAUGCAGAUUCUUUGACGUGUAGGCAAUCUGGUCUUACUUCUAAUGAUGAUCGCCCAAAAAUGGGUUCCAAGCGACCGCGAACAGGGAUGGCAGAGUCAUUCGGUCAAGUAGGCAUUGAAAAUGAUCAAGUUGGUUGGGAUUGGGAUGCUGACGAUGAUGAUGAUGACAGAGAAGUUGGCAUGGAUAUAAAGGCCCUUCUUUCAGAGUUUGGAGACUUUGGUGACUUCUUUGAGAACGAUGCUUUGCCUUUCGGGGAGCCACCGGGAACUGCAGAGUCGCAUGCGCUCAUUUUCCCUCCAGAUUCUGCUGAUGUAGGUUCCAGUCCAGUGGAUAUGAUGGAUGUAUCAGACCAAAUCGUUUUGCCUGUCGGGUUUUCCUCUUUUGAGAGCUUUAAUCCUGUUCCCCCUAUCAUUGAUGAGUGCCUUAUUAAAAGUCAAGAAGUUCUCAACAGCAGUAUCACUUCAGUUCCUUCAUAUCAAAUGUCGAUCUCUUCCACUAGUGAGUUCGAUCAUUUAAUGAAAGCAGAGGCGAUGAUGACCUUCGCUCCUGAGUAUGGAGCUGUAGAAGCACCUAUGAGCGAGAUUUCCUCGACGUAUUUCAAAAGCCCAUAUCUUCCCAAAUCUCAUAAAGUGGAGAGUUCAAAUUCAAGAACGAGUAAUUAUGUUUAUGGAGCCACACCACCUACCACUGAUUCUGAUGGAGCGGGCAAUAAGAUUUUGUUUGGAUCAAAAUCAUGCAUUGGUAACAAUGAUGGCAGAACUUUGUUUCAUUCGAGGGAGCAUUACACUCAAGUAGAGGGUAGAAAGGACCAACAUGAUAAGCUACCUACUGUUAUCAGUGACAACAAUAGUACAAAGGAGGGUGUCUCUCAUUCAAAACACUCAAAACAUAGUGCUGCGAAUGCUGUUAAGGUCGUGCAGGGGAAAAAGACUGAUGGUAUAUCUGCUGUUGUUAGAACCUUAUUAUCUUCGAAGACCUUGCUGGCAACAGACGUGGGAAACGUUAUGUUCCAAGCUUUCAUGUGUAGGAUGCGGCACACUUCUUCAAAGCACAGUUCACCUGUUAGUCUGACUAGGCUUAGCGGAAACUUUUUCCUGAACCAGCUGCCAAAUGAGCCUAGUACUCUGACAGACAACAUAUCUGCAAGGAACGAGAUAUAUAAGAAAGAUAUACCUACCAGAAUAGCUGGAGAUUUUGACGGAGGAAUGUUGGAUAGCCACAUGAGUGCACCAGUUGGUGUAUGGCGGACUGUUUCAGUCCCAAAAACAGCAAAACCUGCUAGUUCGCCAAAUAUUGAAGCAGGGUCAUCCUUGCCCCAUAGUUCAUUUAGCGAAGACAGCUUACUUUCUUAUGGUCAAAGGCAACCUCUGCAUGAGCUCCUAGAUGGAAUAUCGCUACUUGUACAGCAAGCUACCUCUUUUGUUGAUUUAGCUCUGGAUUCAGAUUGUGGAGAUGGACCUUAUGGCUGGCUUGCAUUGGAAGAGUUAUGGAGACGGGAAUUGUCGUGUGGACCCUCUGCUGGCCAUGCAGGUUGUGGGGGAACUUUGGCUUCCUGCCAUUCUCUGGACAUUGCUGGUGUCAAGCUAGUUGAUCCACUCUCUACUGAGGUUUUCCCUUCGUCUGUCAUUACUCUACUGCAAUCUGACAUCAAAACAGCUCUGAAAUCUGCAUUUGGUCAGUCAGAUGGUCCAUUAUCUGUGACAGAUUGGUGCAAGGGCCGAAAUCAAUCGGGGGAUGGAGGAUCUAUUUCUGAGGGAUCUACUGCUGAGUCAGCCCUGAGUGAAGUGUCAAAUGCAAUAGAUGGUGGGAAAGGAGAGGAGACGGCUCAGAGCCUAGACAUAUACAGUUCAGAAUUACUCCGACCGACACUGUUUGUUCUUCCAUCACCUGCUAUACUUGUCGGGUACCAAGAUGACUGGCUUAAGAUAUCUACAAACUCCUUGCCACAUUGGGAAAAGGCCCCGUUUGAGCCAUAUGCUCUGCCAAAAAGUAUUAACUAUACUGUUGUAUGCCCGGAUAUUGAUCCUUUAACUUGUGCUGCUGCUGAUUUCUUCCAGCAACUUGGAACUGUGUAUGAAACGUGCAGGCUGGGAACCCAUUUGCCACAGAGCCUGGGAAAUCAAAUGGAUACGGACGCUGGAAGAUUAUCCUCAUCUGGAUUUGUUCUGCUUGAUUGCCCUCAAUCAAUGAAGAUUGAAAGCAAUAACACAUCGCUUCUGGGAUCUCUCAGCGAUUAUUUUCUAUCAUUGUCAAAUGGGUGGAAUGUGAAUAGCUAUCUGAAGUCUUUAUCAAAAGCGCUGAAAGGUCUAAAGCUUGGAUCUUCCCUUUACACAAACCAGAAAGAAGGAUCAGGAAGUCCUUGUAUGGUAGUGUACAUAGUGUGUCCAUUUCCUGAUCCUUCAGCAGUUUUAAGGACGAUCGUCGAAUCGUCUAUAGCACUUGGAUCAGUAAUACAGUCAGAUAGAGAGAGGAGAUCAAUACUCAACAGUCAGGUUGCAAGGGCGUUUGGUAGUUCUACUGCUGUUGACGAAGCAUCAAUAUCUCACAUUCCAGUGCUUUCAGGGUUUAGUGUCCCCAAAUUAGUUCUACAAGUGGUGUCGGUUGAUUCUAUUUUCCGGAUAACAAGUCCAAGCUUUAAUGAGCUGGUCAUUCUCAAGGAUACUGCUUUUUCUGUAUACAAUAAAGCUCGGAGAAUUUCACGAGGAAUGCCUAAUGAUGCAAUUUUCUCAUCAUCUUUAUCAAGCAGAUCCUCUUCAGCGUUGACAUCGAUGAGCUCUAUUUCAGGAAUCUGGAAAGACUGCGGUGGUUCUCGAAUGACAGGUUCUACACAUCCAAGAGAUGGUGACAUUGAUGUUAGCUUGAGAACGAGUGGUUGGGAUACCUCUACUUCCUGGCAAAUACCAAGAUCUGGAGGACUAAGUUGCGACCCAAGCAGAAAUGGAGAUUUUUACCUUAAUGAUGAAAUUUUCUAUUUAUUUGAACCACUUUUCAUUCUUUCCGAGCCUGGUUCUGUGGAGCGUGGUGUUUCACCUACUUUCGGCAGCUUGGGUUCUGAGUCUUCCAAGCCAAUACCCGAGGAUGGUGGCAGAGGUUCUGGACCUGGCAUGAAUUCAAUGGAAGGUAUAACAUCGGGAUCAAGCUCCCAGGGGGAUGCAUCCCAGCUUGAAGGAAAGGCUAUUCCAAGUUUACAUUGCUGCUACGGUUGGACAGAGGACUGGAGAUGGCUUGUAAGCAUCUGGACGGAUGCCAGGGGUGAAUUGCUUGACACACAUAUCUUUCCCUUUGGUGGAAUUAGCAGUAGACAGGAUACAAAAGGGCUGCAGUGUCUUUUUGUUCAAGUUCUGCAGCAGGGAUGUCAAAUACUACAGGCGUGUUCCUCCCCUGACAAUGGAUCUUUCAAACCCAGGGAUUUUGUCAUUACACGCAUUGGGAAUUUCUUCGAGCUUGAAUACCAAGAGUGGCAAAAGGCUAUUUACUCAGCUGGAGGUCCUGAGAUUAAAAAGUGGCCUAUUCAACUGCGACGUUCUGCGCCUUCUGGCAUAGCCACCAACAGCAACGGAUCUUCCUUGCAACAGCAGGAUCUGAGUCUGAUUCAAGAGAGAGCCUCAUCAACUAGCACACUCUACAGCUCUCAUUCAAAACCAUCCACCUUUGUGAAAGGCAGUAUUGGGCAAUCUGCUGGAAGAAAGCAGAUAAUGGGUGGGCAAACCAUAUCUGGUACUCCAAGAGGAUUGUUUCAGUGGGUUCACAGCAUCAGUUUUGCUUCUGUUUCACUUGAUCACUCCCUACAUUUUGUUCUUCCAGCUGAGUUGGUGUCUGCUGGAGGUGGCCAGAAUAGUACUGGUAUGAGUUCUGUUAACUACAUUGAAGGUUUCACUCCUGUCAAGUCUCUUGGGUCUACCGCUUUCUCUUACAUGAUGAUACCAUCACCCAACAUGCGCUUUCUUCACCCAAGUCCUCUUCAGCUUCCUACAUGUUUAACUGCCGAGUCACCUCCACUUGCUCACCUCCUUCAGAGCAAAGGCUGUGCAAUCCCCUUGUCUACUGGAUUUGUUGUUUCAAAAGCUGUGCCUUCCAUGAGAAAAGACUCAAGAAUAAACAUGAAAGAAGAAUGGCCAUCAGUUCUUUCUGUAAGUCUCAUAGACUAUUAUGGUGGUUAUGACAAUGCUCAUGACAGAAUUCUUCAGGGAAUCAUGAAGCAGGGAGGAGGGACCAAAGAAACUAGAGAUUUUGAGGUUGAAAGCCAUCUUAUCCUUGAGUCAAUUGCGGCAGAACUCCAUGCUCUAUCAUGGAUGACUGUUAGUCCAGCAUAUCUGGACAGGCGGACGGCAUUGCCGUUUCACUGUGAUAUGGUUCUGAGAUUGAGACGUCUGCUUCACUUUGCAGACAAAGAACUAAGACAGGAGUUUAAAACAAUGCAAAAGAAUGCAGAUCACUAAAGUUCUCUAUCAGAAGAUUAGACCAAUCUUUCUGCAAACUUCAUCCUGCACCUCCGGAGUAGUCUUGUCAUAUUUAAGGCGCGUAGGUAUCUCGGGUUAUUUCACCAGUGAUAUAUAUGUUACAACGAAGUAGGAAGAAAUGGUGUAGAUGUAGUAGAUGUAGUCGAGGUUUUGAUUUGGUGCUUAUGAAAUCUGUAAAAAUUAGCAUUUAAGGCUUGCUCUACUGGUUCUGAUUCACUUAGGUGCAUAGGUUAGUUUCUUUAUAACCCUUGUAUUUGUAAUUCAACAUUAUUUAUCAUCCCACUGUAAAUUUAGCAAGAUAAUUCAUAUGGGUUUCUCAGGGCUGACUUAUGUUCUUGUAAAAUUCUGGUACCUUAAGCUGAACAUCAUGUUUCUCUCUUGAUCAGUCAUAUAAUGGAUCCUGACUGUUGUAUGA